CCGAAUUCCUGCCGCCGUAGUUCACACCUUCCGCGAUCUGGGAAACUGGUGAAAGCCCUCUGGAGAUAUUCUGAUAGCCUAAUGACAAAGUCACAAACGUUUCACCUCAAUUCGCUCCCACCUCGACACUCUGCUUUCACCCAGGCAACUAUUGCAUAAUCUCAGCCACAAUAGAAAGAACCUUCCCCCUACAAAAACCUCUUCAACUGACGUAGCUGCACUCUUUUCGCACCCUACACUCUACUACACCAUGGCCCAACCCAACGGUCGUCGAACAACGGCUCCUGUCACGCGAGCCAUCAGCGUCUUCUCCGCUAACUCAGAUGAGCCUACACAGACCGGCACGCCUCCUCCAGCCCCGCAGACGAAAGUCCCGGCGCACUACAAGCUCCCUCCCACCGUCCCCUCGCCAUUCGCCGGCACCCUCGACGCCUCCCUCGACGCGAUCCUCGAAUUCGCAGCACUGCACCCGCAACUCCGACCCGCCACCACAACUCUCCUCAAGGACCCCGAGCGGACGACCAACUGGGGCGAGGUACUCUCGACGGUACUCGCAAAUCCGCUCAACGGACGGGAGCUGCUGGAGGAGUUCCUGUUCCUGGUGACGCGGACGCUGAUCCCCGAGCAGAUUGCGCAGAAUCGAGCGCUACUGUUCAGGCUGCACAGCGUGAAGAGGCAAUUGUCGGUCAAGAUCGUGCUGCGGUACGAUAUGUUGCGCGAGUGGACGAAGCGAGAUUCUAAUCAGUUGAUUGUCAUGGAGAGCAAGCCGCCCGCCAAAGUACCUGUUCCACCGCCAGCGCCCCUCCAGAAUCUGCAAUAUCCGAAUCGUCGCCCGCUCAUGCUGAACAUGCUUCCGACGCUGGUUCAGGCUCCGGCGGAGGGCUACGCGACGAAGAAACUGAGCGAUGCUAUGAGGCAUCAUGCAACCGAGCUGGAUCACCACAUGCUCCUAACAGACGAGGUGGUGGCGAGCUGGGGUACGAUUCGAGUGUUAACUGCAGCAGCUGGGGCUGCGUUGCAGUGGCAGUGGUUGCGCGAGAAUACGGAGACGCUCGCAGAGAUGGAGGUGCAUGGGUGGGAGGAUCUGGACAUGCGGGCGGACGAGUGCGAGUGGGUGAGGGACGCGAACAAGGAAAAGGAAGGAGGGAAGGCGAAGUAGGAAAGUGUAGUGGGGUAGGGGGAGGCGCUUAGUGUCUCGAUGCUGGGCGAUGGUUGGAGGUGUGGAGUCUCGCUUUCUGCAUGCGAUAUCCGCGCCCAACAAUGUGGUGUAUUGCGUGAUUCGAAACGGCGUCCUGACGAAAAGGGAAUGCUCAAUGACGGAUCAGGAAGGGCAAGUCCGCAGGGCUGAGUGAGACGGACAUGGUCGAUAGGCCGGCGGACGCAUGCUGCCCCACGCAAGCAAAUGAAUAUGGAUGUAAGCGCCUGGAAGAUGCAUGGCGGUGUUCAGGAUUGAUACAAUGUGGAUCGUAGGGGCGCUUAUGAUGAGGGGGGGAAAAAGGGGUGACGGAUGAGGAACAGAACAGGCGUGCCUUGCGGACAUUCCAGAAAGCGGCUCCAUGCUGACGGUAUCUGCUUGCAGGGACUAUCGGUCGAA